AUGAACAGAAGCCAUAUUAAUAUUUCCUCAUCGUGGCAUCGUGAGAGCACGGUGUUUAUGGGUUAUUUAUAUCUGAUUCUCACCGUCUUCUCGUACUUCUCUAACAUCUUCCUCCUGUUGAUUUACCACAAGAAUCCCAGUCUUAAAACACCGUUCUCGGUGUAUGUCGUCAGCUUGUCCAUCUGUGACCUUUCCAAAUCUCUGAGCAAUGGCAUUAUGAAGACCACCAACAAUUUACAAGUCCACUGGUUUCUAAGCGACCCAUAUUGCUUACUAUCCAUGUUCUGCGCUCGCAUCUUGACAUCCAUUAUGAUGUACAUCCAGGUGCUGAUCAGCUGCAACCGAUGGUGGGCCGUUACCUUUCCCAACCACUACCGUAUACAUCACAACAAAAAAGUCGCGGCGUGUCUGGUUUUUAGUGUGGUGGUGUUUGUUAAUGCGUGGUCGAUACCAGGAUUUAUUUUGGAAGACGUGCAUGAACGCAAGGCAAAGGACAUACGUUACUGUUUCAUACCGUUUGCCAAACCAUCAGUGUAUUUUUACGUAUGUGGCGCCAUCAUCCACCUUCUACCGCAGGCGGUGGUGGUGGGAAUUUAUCCAUUUAUUUAUUACAAAGUACGAGUCGUUCUUCGCAAGAAAACGCAGAUUGGAACGUGUAGUACGUCGCGUGCUGUGAAGCCAGCCGGAUUAGCCCAUUCGGCGUCAGCAACAGGAAGUCUUCGGAGCCAUUUCGCUGGCUCAUUGUCCACAGAGCCGAAUAAUUCCGCGCGACCGUCACCGGCAAAACAGGGGAAUCCUGGCCGAUGGAACUUACCAGGAUCCCGGCAUUUUACGGUGCUGACGGCGCUGUUUAUCAGCGCGACACUGCUGUGGACUCCAACACAUGUGGCCUAUGUUGUCGCCAUGUCCGGAACAUACGUGGAUUUCCGGUUUCUGGGAAUCGCUAAUUUUCUCUUCGCACUUGACUGUACACUGAACCCGCUGUUGUGUAUGCUUCUGUCGAAAGAAUGGCGAAAUGCUGCGGUAGCCAUCUUCCGCUUCCCAAAAUCCCCGCACAACUGA